UCGGGACCCGCGUUGAAAUCAUUAAAGCUAAGCGGGUGUAGCUGAAAAUAGCCAGAGGGAGACUUGCCUCGGGGAAGUUUGUUGUUUGGGAACAUAUUUCUAUAGAAUGUUCCAUUAUAAUCAUGUGCAUCAUGUAACACAGUGAUGUUUAAAGGCUUCUCAUGGCCAGAGAGUGAAGAGGAAGAUGACUUGGAGAUGGAAGAUCCAGAAGUUGCAGACGGUGAAGCUCCGAAUAUCAUCAACUUUGACACCAGCUUGCCAACAUCACAUACAUAUCUCGGGGUGGACAUGGAAGAGUUUCAUGGACGGACGCUACAUGAUGAUGACAGCUGCCAGCAGAUUCCAGUUCUGCCCAAUGUGCAGGUCAUGUUAAUCCCGGGCCAGACGCUGCCUCUCCAUCUUUCCAGGCCUCAAGAGGUCAGCAUGGUGCGUGGUCUGAUUCAGAGGGACAGAACAUUCGCUGUGCUUGCAUACAGUGAUGGCCUUGAGAGAGAAGCACGCUUUGGGACUACUGCUGAAAUCUACGCCUAUCGAGAAGAGCAUGAGUUUGGGAUAGAGACUGUAAAAGUGAAAGCAAUUGGAAGGCAGAGGUUUCAGGUUCUGGAAAUGAGAAAUCAGGCCGAUGGGAUUCAGCUGGCUCGGGUGCAGAUCCUUCCAGAGAAGGUUUUACCCUGUCCCAUGACUUCUCUUCAGUUGGAUUCUCAGAGUCGGCAUCUGCUUAUCCCGGCCAACAAGCCAGCGAGCAGCCGCAGCCCACACAGCAAAUGCCAGUGGCUGCACAAGUACCGCAGGAGGAAGUUCCUGGGUGCCAGUCUGACCUCAUGGCCUUCCUGGCUGUACGCUCUGUAUGACGCAGAUUCCCUUAUGGAACGAGUGAAACUACAGCUGCACGAGUGGGAUGAGAAUCUGCGGGAUGAUUCCCUGCCAGCAAAUCCGAUUGAUUUCUCUUACCGGGUUGCAGCCUGCCUCCCUAUCGAUGAUGCGUUACGUAUCCAGCUCUUGCAGAUUGGAAACGCCAUACAGCGCCUGCGUUGCGAGCUUGACAUCAUGAGCAAAUGUACGUCGCUGUGUUGUAAGCACUGUCCUGACACAGAGAUCACCACAAAGAACGAGAUCUUCAGUUUAUCACUUUGUGGUCCGAUGGCUGCAUAUGUGAAUCCUCACGGUUAUGUUCAUGAGACUCUGACUGUCUACAAAGCUUUUAAUCUGAGCUUGGUGGGUCGUCCUUCUACAGAGAGCAGCUGGUUCCCUGGGUUUGCCUGGACAAUUGCACAAUGUAGGGUCUGUGGAAGUCACAUGGGAUGGAAAUUCACUGCAGUGCGGAAAGACCUGUCACCUCAGAAGUUUUGGGGCUUGACCCGUUCAGCUUUGCAGCCUCGGAUCCCUGAGCCAGAUGAAGGUGAAGAGGGACACGAUCACUCCCCAAUUCUCUGUCUGUGAAUCCUAAAUCAGGGACUACGUUAUCACUGCUCUGCUUUUUCUCUCGUCUAGCCAACAAAUGCCCUUAGCUCUGCACAAGACAGAUGCUCUGCAGGUGUGGGGUUCUGCAUGUGUCCCAGCAUGUGAGAUCAUAUUGCUGAUAUAAAAAGGUACCUGUCCUGUAAUUUAGCCCUUUGUAUGUAAGUAUGGAGAUGGGCUGUCACAUUAUGCCUUUCCAAUUAGGAAUGUUCUCUCUGUGCAUUGCUGGUAUCAAAAUGUUUUCUUCCCAUAGAACAAAACCUUUGUAUCCCAUUAGAGAUACGGCCCUUCUUUACAGUUCCUGAAUGUUGUGGAAAGGUCUGUUUCUUCGCACUAUUAUCAACAAAACCACCAUAUUGAGAUCUAAUCAAAAUUAGCCAAAACGAAUGUAACACCUAGGAUUUUUUAAUGAUUUUUGGGUCCAAAAAUUAUUUUUGUAAUAUAUUUAAUUUUUUUUAGUCUCCAAAAAAAAGAAUAAUGUUCCCUAACCCCUCUUAUCAUAUGGAUACUACACGAUAUAAUUCACUCGGUGCUCCUCUCUGCCAGUCAGAUUUUGGCUUUAGUGUAUUGGCAGCUGCAGAGCUUUAAAUUUCUCUUUUACCCAAUUGGUAUUGCAGGAGCCAUGCACUGAAUCUAAGGGGUGGUAGAUUAAGGAGCUAGUGUAUGAAGAUAUUUAGAAAAAAGUCAUUACCAAUCAAUCAGCAAUAAGUUUUGUCUACAGUCUAAUUCAGUUUUGAAAAGUAAAGCAAAUCCUUUGCACCUAUGUUCCUAUCUCAGCCGUUAAAACAUAUGGAGAACAGCCAGGGAAACUCAUACGAUUGUUUAAUGAACAAUCAGACAGCGAGGCAGGUCAGAGGACUUUUUAGGUUAAUAGGUCCUAAGCUAGGAGGUUGCCCAUCAAAUGCAUUUAAGGGUAGAACUCCACGAGCGAUUUCAGCACGAUCCGACAUGCUGAGCAAAAAUGCAGACGUCAAGUCGGAUGUGAUGGAAAUGCCGGUUGAAGUCGCAUCGUUCAUCUGACACGACUGUCGGAUGCAGACACAGCGUGCAGCUUCUGCAUCAGACAGUCGCGUCAGACGAACAUUACGACACCAUCCAACAUUGCUAUUGCUUACCUUAUUUCUGUUGCAUCCGACCGGACGCCUGCGUUUUGGCACAUCGCUUCGGAUCGGGCCGAAAUCGCCCAUGGAGUUCUACCCUAAAGGCUCUUACAUACGAGCGGUUUUACCUGUGCUCCGCUUUCUUCCGUUCAGCCGCAGGAGUAAACGCACUAAAUUAUUGUCAAUGGGACUGUACUUACAUAGCUGCAUGUAAGCGCCAAACGCAGGUUGAGAUGCAGUAUAUUGCAUUUUACCAGCGCUCGGCGCUUACAUGCGUCUGUGAGUACAGCCCCAUUGACAAUAACUCAGUGCGUUUACUCCUGCGCUCCCCUGCGGCUGAACAGAAGAAAGCACAACGCAGGGGAGUGCAGGUAAAACCACUCGUAUGUAAGAGCCCUUAAAGCAGCAAACUUGUUCAGGAAAUUAAUAGCACAAUUUUAUUUUUUUUUGCACCAGGAAUCAUUGAAAAUGUAGGAGUUACAAACAUGUGACUUUCCAAUUUGAUAUCUGUAAACAGAAAACCUCUAUUCAUUAAAGGAGUGUAAAAAUAAUAAAGCAGCUCCCCAGUGUGGUAACAGGAAGAAGUGCACAGAUAGAAGCAGAACUUUCUUGUCCUUCCCUUAAACCACUCGCUGGGGCAUCAGUGUGGAACCUGCUUUCUUUGUACUCGCUCUUUUCUCUGUUAAUUGAGAAGUGAAUAUUGCACUGCAAAAAAAAUGUUAAUGUCUAGAGCAAAGUAAUAAAUAGAACUUUAAAUGAGAAGUUAUAAAACCUGUGAA